GACAGACUCGGAAUGUACGUUGGGAAACGAAAGCAAGCUGCUCUGAUAUGAAAAGGAUACCGAGAAGGCUAUCAUAAUAUCGACAACAUUAGCUAUAUUUACCCAGCAGUUAGUAGUUUUUUGUGAAAUAAUGCCGUUGAAUGAGCACUUGGCAGCAGCACUGCCCUUCUGACGCCCCCGUUCAGGUUGCUAGACAAUCGGUUGUUUUCGUGGUGGUACAGCUAAAGAAAGAAACAUGGCGCGAGGAAGACGCACUGACCCAGAAUAUGAGUAGAUCGUAUACCCACGAGUCGUCAGUAGUCAUUAUCUAGCUCGAGGAAGAAGGAAGGACCUAUCAUCUGGGUGAGGGCACCAUGGCCCACUUCGACACGGAGUACCAGCGUCUGGAGACGUCAUACAACGACUCGCCUCCAGGAGAGGAGAACCUCAUGGUUCACGUGCCCGAGGGAACUAAACCUCAAUGGCAUCACAUAGAAAACCUGGACCUCUUCUUCCAGAGAAUCUAUAAUAUGCACCAGAAGAAUGGCUUCACAUGCAUGCUACUGGGGGAGAUAUUUGAGCUUGUGCAACUGGUGUUUGUAGUGGCCUUCACAGUGUUCUUAGCCAACUGUGUAGAUUAUGACGUGCUGUUUGCCAACAAGUUGGUGAGCCACAACAACACGUCAAAGGUGACGCUGCCCGAUGCCUUCCUGACACCGGAGGUCUGCAGCGCACGUAUCCGUGACAACGUGGCGGUGAUUUUCAUCCUGGUGAUCUCGGGAGUCUUCUGGCUGCAUCGCCUCAUCAAGUUCAUCUACAACAUCUGCUGCUACUGGGAGAUCCGCUCCUUCUACACCAACGCACUCAAGGUGUCUAUGACGGACCUGCCGUACUUCACGUGGCAGGAGGUGCAGGCUCGUAUUGUGGAGAUCCAGAAGGAGCAUCAGAUCUGCAUCCACAAGAAGGAGUUGACCGAGCUGGAUAUCUACCAUCGCAUCCUGCGCUUCAAGAACUACAUGGUGGCGCUGGUCAACAAGUCCCUACUACCCGUACGCUUCCAGGCGCCGGUGCUGGGAGACUGGGUGUUCUACACGCGCGGCCUGAAGUACAACUUUGAGCUGAUCUUCUUCUGGGGCCCGGGCUCUCUGUUUGAGAACGAGUGGAGCCUGAAGACGGAGUACAAGCGCGGGGGCAACCGACUGGAGCUGGCCGAGAGACUCAGCUCUCGCAUACUGUGGAUCGGCAUUGCCAACUUGCUACUGUGCCCAGUCAUACUUGUCUGGCAGGUGCUGUAUGCCUUCUUCAGCUAUACAGAGGUGAUUAAGAGGGAGCCGGGGAGUCUGGGCGCUCGCUGCUGGUCGCUGUACGGCCGCUGCUACCUCAGACACUUCAACGAGCUGGACCACGAACUCAUGUCCCGCCUCAGCAAGGGAUACAAGGCCUCGUCUAAGUAUAUGAACUGCUUCAUGUCUCCUCUGCUGACGGUGAUGGCUAAGAACGUGGCCUUCUUCGCCGGCUCCAUCCUGGCUGUGCUCAUCGCUCUGACCAUCUAUGAUGAGGACGUCCUGGCGGUGGAGCACGUGCUCACCAGCAUCACGCUGCUCGGAGUCUGUGUCACCGUCUGCAGGUCCUUUAUCCCAGACAAGCACAUGGUGUUCUGCCCGGAGCAGCUGCUGAAGGUGAUCCUGGCCCAUAUCCACUACAUGCCCGACCACUGGCAGGGCAACGCACACCGCUACGAGACCCGCGACCAGUUCUCACAGCUCUUCCAGUACAAGGCUGUGUUCAUAUUGGAGGAGCUGUUGAGUCCGGUCAUCACCCCCUUCAUCCUCAUCUUCUGCCUGCGCCGCAAGUCCCUGGAGAUCAUCGACUUCUUCCGCAACUUCACGGUGGAGGUGGUGGGGGUGGGGGACACCUGCUCCUUCGCACAGAUGGACGUACGCCAGCACGGACACCCCGCGUGGAUGUCUGCGGGUAAGACGGAGGCGUCUAUCUACCAGCAGGCGGAGGAUGGCAAGACUGAGUUGUCCCUGAUGCACUUUGCCAUCACUAACCCGCACUGGCAGCCGCCGCGUGAGAGCACCCACUUCAUCAGCCAGCUGAAGGAGAAGGUUCACCGCGAGUGCACGGUCACCAGCGCCCACCAGGGCGGCAUCACCGAGAGCCACGCCUUCACCUCCAUACACUCUCUACAGUCAGAGGAGCCGCGUAGUCUGAUUGCCAACCUACUGGGCCCGGCUCCUCUGGCCUCCCUCCACCUGGCCAGUCACAUGGCCCGAGACCCCUCCCUGGCCAAUCAGGCGUCAGUGGGCGUGAACGAUGGUGGCCCCACCCUGCGCUCGCUCUCCCCCCUCAGCAGCAGCCUGCACAUGCGGAGCAGCUACCCCUCCAGCAGGAACAUGCCCUCACACACACACCACCACCCAGCCUCCGCAUCAGCCUCCAGGACCAUGGCAGCAUCAGGGACGGAUGCUCGCACGGUCAGCUCUGGCAACAGUGUUUGGGAGGGUCAGCUGACCAGCAUGGUCCUAUCAGAGUACGCCUCCACUGAAAUGAGCAUCCACGCUCUCUACAUGCAUGAGCUCCACAAGCAGCAGUCUCGCGGCGAGCUGUCCCGCCACACGUGGCAUCGACAAGAGAGCGACGAGAGCACUGAUAGUGUGAUUGACGAUGUGGAGGCUCCCCGUGCCAGUGGCAGCGGUGGUGGCGGCAGCAGCAGCAGUAUGCCCAUGCCACGCUCCAACACCUUCCCCUGCUCUGGCUCCGGAACUGGCUCUGGCACCGGGUCUGGCUCUGGGUCUGCCCCCACCUCCGGUUCAAGCGCACCCACACACACCCUCCAGGAGGGGGCAGCACUGCACAGCAGUGGACAGAGACGCUACGGAAGCUCCUCAGAUGGGCUGAGUGGUUCUGGUGGUCGUGGGCAGCGUACGGCCCGUGUGCCGAUGGGCGGCUGGGUGGAGGAGAUCCAGUCUGGAUCAGGACGGCACCACGAACCACUACCAGAGGAGGGCUCAGAGGACGAGAUGCCACCACACAUACACAAGGUGACAUAACCAGGGAGCCGUCACCUCACCCAACACCUGAAGACAGAAGGGAACUACACCAACGACCGACUACACACUGACUUGAGAUUUUGUUUUUCAUUUUCUGAACAAUGGAAAUAUUUAUCACUUUAAUCUCACAUAUUUAUCAUCACAAAGCCGCGCUGUGCCGACUCCGCUCGCGUUGUACAGGAGGGUCUGACAUUAAGUGACGUUUACUGGCCACACCGGUCACAUCGUUACGCACACACACAGCAUCUGCAUCUUGUAAAAAAAAAAACACACAAACCAAACCACUAAAUAUUCAUCUGAACAGGAGAACUGGACUUCAAAACAAGAGUAACUGACAGGUCUUAUUUAUUUGACAGGAGCAGGAAGUGUGUGAUCUGUGUUGUUUCUAAGCUAUUCGACCGAGACUUCUGUCCCGCGCGUUUGUGACUUUCGGACUGGAGAUCCAUUCAUUAUGUCUCUGUGGCUGUGAUGUGGUACUGUAUAUGGUCCUACAUGUUCCAGUCCCUGUACAGUUCACAGUACAAAGUACGGCAUGGCCAGAGUACCACACGUCAACUCCUCUCUAAUGUACAGUACAGGUACUUGCAGUGCUGCUGCUGGCUGCUGCUUGGUGUGAUUGAGUUAAAGGCCUUUAGUUCAAACGUAGUGUUGGCACAGAGACAAGUACCAGUUCUUAACCCUCAAGGUAAUGAUACACAGGGCAACUUUUUGAGCCAUGUUGCUAAGCAACAUGAUUGGCGCCCAAUCGUCUGAUGGCAUGUUUUGUUUUUGUUUGUUCAAGUUGUUUGCAGCUGAUCCAAGUUCUCUUGAUAAAAGUGUUAUGGUGAUGAAUGAUCCGGACACCAUUUUAUUAUAGGGUUGCCCUGGGACAUUGCUCAAAGACUUGCCCUGUGUAUAAUUACCUUUAAGGUGUUCAGACACUGGACGCACCGUGCGUUAGUUACCCUUUCCAUCUCGCCUCUUUUUGAGAGUCCCACUGGCAGAUCAGCUGGUGAUGCAGAAAAGACAAAGAUUGUGUUCCAUAGAUUUGCAAAUAGAAAUGAAUGUGUGACGAUUAAAAUUCUAAUUCCAAUUUUCACGAAACACACGUUAAGCGUCGUAUAAAUGAGGACUUGCAAACCGAUGAGGAAAGCUUGUUAACUUUACCCUCACGUGAUUUUGCUCAGGUAUGAUCUAGAGUUUAUCAUCAUCAUCAUCAUCAUUGUCGUCAUCAUAUCUCACUCAUCCAUGUACAGGAGGAAGGCGUCUGCACUGUAUAUACUCAUCAAGCCAGUGUCACGUCACUGUGGUAACACAUGAGUGGUCAGGUGAAUGAUGAUUACGGGGCUAAAACAAAUGUAACAAUAUUCAAGAAAAGUGUUUGUUUUUUUUCAUCCGAAAUAUAUAAUUCAAUGUUCAUUUGAAUAGUAGGAAUGUGCCUGCCUGUUUUCUUUGCUGGCAAAAAAACUAAAAACAAACAAACAUACAAACAAGCAAAUUUACAAAACCCAUUGAGGGGAACGUCCACAAGUGUGCCAUGGCAAGCUGAAGCACAACACAAAACUGCUCCUAGAUCAGAGGAGAUCUCAUUGAAACACACACACACACACACACACACACACACACACACACACACACACACACACACACACACACACACACACACACACACACUGGACUACCAAACAUGCAUGCUUCUCUCUGACCUACUGUUUGCACACUUUUAAAGAGGUUGCACUUUAAAAGGGUUCUCAAUCCAAAGGACAUUUGAGUCGAUUUUACUCCUUGGUUUGUUGUUUUUCUUUAUGUGAUUCUUUUUUUCCUCGAGAAUCAGGUUGUAUAUAGAGAGUUGCGUGUAUGUGUGUGUUUGUUCUUGUACGUAUGAACUUUGGUGUGAUGGUUGUCUGCAGGUAAUCUUCCCUUUGUGUGUGUGUGAACAGUACAGUAGGCUCAGGUGACAGAAAGCACAUGGUCAGGCAGCGAUGAUGGGGAAUGAGGGUCGGGGGGUUAUGGGCAUCAUAGACAAGGGUGGUCCAGUCAUCAGUGAAAUCAAAUCAACUGAACUAACUUUGUUCAUAUGAACAAAAAAAACAGAUAGACAUUUCCAGAGUUGUAUACAGUAGAAGUACUCUUACAGAUGUAAUUAAAAUACUAGUGGGAUUAUACCUCUACUUUAUACAACUCUGGGCAUGUUCAUGUCCGGAACAUUCACUCCUUCACUAGAUAGGACCCUAUGUAGGGAAACAGUACAACUCAAACGCAGCCUAUGAAGUGAAUCAGUGGACAGUGACUGGAGUGAGUGAUUCUUUUGGACAUGACUGUAGUCUACUUUACUACGUACAAGUCUUUGUUGUGGUUAUGGCCACGUGAAGGGAAGAGGUUUAUUGUGGGAUUUUUUAUGUUGUUGACAGGAAGUGUGAUGUUUAAGGUGUGGCCUAGUAGAAACAUCAACAUCCUGCAUGCGUCCUUGCCACCUCCUCUCCAUCACUCAUACAGACUGGCGUCAUCGUGUACAGAUCCACCCAAUACAAACUCAUGUUCAGAACACUAGGCUGUUUGUUCCUCACUGACAGAUUGCAUAGAGAUAUUGAAAUAAAGUGAUCUCUCUCUCACACACACACACACACACACUACAGAAUGACACCAGUGACCGUGACCUUGCAUGUCUGUUUGCUCUUCGACCGUAGAAGAAAAGAUCACUCGUUUUGUCACCCGCUCAAUACAGUCAGUCCAGAUGAAAUCAAUCUGUCUUGUUUUUAUUUACAUGUAAGGAUUUUAUUUCUGUUUUAUUUCUGCUUGUUUUGUUUUGUUGUUUGGUUUUACUGGUUUACCUGUAUAUGACAUUUUGUACAGCUGUAAAUUCAUCAUUAAAAUGUAUUUCGUAAAUCA